CUUUGAAAAGGACAGGAAUCUAUCGCAACCAUGGCUACCCAACGUGAGGAGGACAUCAAGAUGAUGCUGGCCGCCCAGGUCCACAUCGGCACGCGCAAUGCCGACUCCAAGAUGGCGGACUACAUCUGGCGCCGCCGCAACGAUGGCAUCCACAUCAUCAACGUGGGCAAGACGUGGGAGAAGCUCAUGCUCGCCGCCCGCGUGAUCGUGGCCGUGGAGAACCCGGAGGACGUGAUCGCCAUCUCGGCCCGCCCCUACGGCCAGCGCGCCGUGCUCAAGUUCGCCCAGCACACUGGCUGCCAGGCGAUCGCCAGCCGCUUCACGCCCGGCACGUUCACCAACCAGAUCACCAAGCAGUUCCGCGAGCCGCGCCUGCUCAUCAUCACGGACCCGCGCACCGACUCGCAGGCCGUGCGUGAGUCGUCGUUCGUCAACGUGCCCGUGAUCGCCUUCUGCGACUCGGACUCGCCGCUGCAGUUCGUGGACGUGGCCAUCCCGGCCAACAACAAGGGCAAGCUCUCCAUCGGCCUGCUCUACUGGCUGCUCGCCCGCGAGGUGCUGCGCCUGCGCGGCACGAUCUCGCGCGCCCUGCCGUGGGACGUGGCUGUGGACCUGUUCCUGUACCGCGACCCGGAGGAGCUCAAGAAGGCUGAGGAGGCCCAGGCCACCGCAGCCGAGGAGGCCCAGGCCCGCGCCGGCUGGGGAGAGGCCACGCAGACCCCUGCCGAGCCCGCUCUGUACGCCGCUGAGCCCGCCGCCCCCGCCGCCAACGCCGAGUGGACCUCGACGGGCAACACGGAGUGGUCGGGUGAGGCCGGCGCUGCCCCCGCUGCCGCCUCCAACUGGGACGCCGCCGCCCCCGCUGCUGGCAGCGGCUGGGACUAAGCGUCUCGCCGCCCAGACAGACCUGUGGACGGUUAGUUGCUCUUGAUGUUCUGCUGCAACUUUUACCAAGGACCUCGUUCUUUUCGACGAUGAAGUAUGGUUGGAGCGUCAUCGGCGAGUGCUAGUGCGCUCUGCUGUGCGCGUGGGCGGACGCAUGGAAUAGACGACGGUGUUAUGCGAUGGCACCCGGUUAAUGCGACCAACAGCUCCCGCCACGACGGACACAUGUUAAUACACUCCCGUCAGUCACUUCA